ACUCUGAUUGGCUGCCGAGCUGCAGCUGCCGCUGUUCAGCAGUGAGUAGGAAGCAGGGAGAAUAAGGGCAGGGCUCUAAUACAAAUGAUAACAACAACAAACCAUAGAGCACGGGAGGGGGUGUGUGCAGGCGUAGUGCCAGCUCUUGACAUCUACCAGUAGCGCAGGACUGACCCUUUGAUAUCUGGCAUGCUUCUAAUGAAUUUCCUUAUUGAUGAUGUGGUGCCACUAUUCCGAAGAGGAACACAGUUUGAGCCAGGAAAGUCUUCACCUAGAGAAUAACCAAGGAGAAAAUAACACCCAAGCACAAAAAAAUGUGGACUGUGAAAGUCUUGUGACACCAAAGGCCAGGAAGAUCCGAAGACAGUCUGAAAACCAUUCACGGAAAAGUUCUAGGAAGAGAAGCAAGGACAGCCAAAUCACCAAUGGAGAUAGAGCUGAGGCUGUAACACUUUUUGAAGUUGUUUGCAUUGGAAAAGGAGCAAUUCAGUCUGUGGUAAGUGACUGGGUUGAAGUCUAUCAAGAAGACAGGGAUGCAGCAUUGCUUGACCUGCUAAACUUUUACAUUCAGUGCUCAGGAUGUCAAGGGGUGGUUACAGCAGAAAUGUUUCAGAAUCAAGGGGACAAGGACAUAAUGCAGAAGCUUACAGAGGAGUUUGAUGAAGAAACGGGUUUACAGUUCAAGAAAUUUAUGGCUUUUCCUUGGAUCCUUACCAUUACAUUGGCAGAUAACAUGGAAAAUGGAGAAUAUCCACUGAGCAAAGCAGGAAACUACUGGAAAAAAUUCAGGGCAAAUAUCUGUGAACUCACAGCUGUGAUUGUGCAGAAGUGUCAGUACAGUGUUAUUUAUGAUGGAUACCUUCUGGACACAGUUAUCUCACUUUUGCUUGGCUUGUCAGACUCAUGCAUCAGGGCAUUCAGACAUACGAGCACUUUAUCAGCUGUGAAACUGAACACUGCCCUAGUGAGGGUUAUGCUUAAUCUUGAAAUCAGUAUUCACAAUUUACAAAGACUGUACAAUGUGGAGCAGAAGCGCUUUACGUUGAAAAAGGACAGCUACAGAAUGGAGCAAAUUGAGAAAAAAAAGAAUGAGCUUCAGCAAAAACACGAUGAGAUUAAAAGUAUGGUAGAGGCUCUAUUUAAAGGGACCAUUGUGCAACGUUACAGAGAUGUGGUUGCUGAUAUAAGAUCGCUGUGUAUUGAAGAACUCGGGAUAUGGAUGAAAAUGUACCCUAAAGUUUAUUUGAAUGAUAGCUACUUGAAAUACAUUGGAUGGAUGCUAUAUGAUAAGGUAUAUGAUGUUCGCUUAAAAAGCCUACUUGCUCUACAAGCGCUUUAUGAGAAGGAUUUUGUUGACAAAAUGGAUCUAUUUAGCACCAGGUUUAAGGAUCGCAUUUUAUCAAUGACACAAGACAGAGACCAUGAGGUGUCUGUUCAAGCAAUGAAACUCCUUGUGCGUAUGUCACAGAAUUUUGAAGAUCUGUUAACAAAAGAGGACUGUGACUUUCUGUACCAGUGUGUAUAUACAACUCACAGACCUCUGGCUACAGCAGCUGGGGAAUUUCUAUAUAAAAGGUAUCUUAAUCAAGCAGAAGGAGAGGAAAGCAGAGGAACUAGAAACAAUGCCCGACAGUUUAAAAUUCUUCUAACUUUCAUCUGUGAAAAUAAGCUGCAUGAGCACAUGACUUACCUUGUUGACAGCCUCUGGGACUACAACCCUAAGCUUCUGAAAGACUGGCAAUGCAUGACAUCAGCUCUACUUAAAGACACACAAAAUGGGGAAGAUGCUUUGAAUGCCAUUCAAGAAAACCUACUGAUUGAAAUUAUCUUGGCAAGUGUGAGACAGGCAGUUGAAGUACAUCCUCCUGUGGGAAGAGGAACAGUACGGAAGAUGCUGUCAGCCAGGGAGAAGAGAGUACAACUGGAAGAUCAAAUAAAGAUUACUGAGCAUUUUGCUCGGACCCUCCCUUUGCUUCUAGCCAAGUAUUUACCAGACCAAAGAAAGGUGGUAAACCUUUUACAGAUACUCCAGUAUUUUAAAUUUGAAGUUUAUUCGUCUAAUGGUUUGGACAAGGACUUAAAGGCCUUGCUUAAUGAGUUAAAACAUGUAGCAAUGACCCACUCAGACCCUGAGGUGCUAGAAGCCUGUUCUAAAGCCUACAUGAGCAUGGGUAAGGAGAAUGUGGAAUCCCUUGUCAGUGUCGUCCUUGCUAAGAGACAGCUGAUAGAGCAGCUUGUGGACAUGUUCAGCCAGAUGCUGCGUGAUAUGUUACAGGAGGGAGAAGAACCUCUGAGUUCAGAAGGUGUGCACCAGAUGUCCUGCAUUUUAAAGAAGCUGGCAGCUUUUCACAAUGCCCAUGACCCCUCAGAGUGGAAUCUGUAUGAGAAAACCUCACAGCUGCUUCUCUAUGAUCUAGAACACCAUUGGUUUUCUGUCCAGCUGCUAGUGCCUGCUUUCCAAUGCAUGUAUUAUGCCCUUCUCUGGAAUGUCGUGGCUGUAAUGGAAGGGACAGAGUCAAAGGUGGAGCCUGCUUUUUUUAAGGAACAUGUGGCAACUUUUUGGCAGCUAUGCAAACAUUAUCUGAAUCACCAGGAUGGAUCUGUACAGGAGCAGGCAUUCAUGUCAAUGUGUGACAUACUUCUCUUGCUAAGUCACUACAGAGAUGGAAUAUACUGCUAUAUGGAUUCUGCAUUGCAGUCAGAGCUGUUUGCAUUUGUCCAACAUCAUGUUUUUCAAAGUGAUGAAGAAAAACCAAAAGCUACAGAAAGAUCAGAACAAGACAAAGUAAUGCACAUGGAAGUUUUGCACAAGAGAAGAACUCUACUGGCUGCCUACUGCAAACUAAUAGCUUACAAUAUUGUGGAAAUGGCUGCAGCUACAGAGAUUUACAAGAAGUAUAUGAAGACCUAUAAUGACUUUGGAGACAUAAUUAAAGAAACCUUAAGUCGAACAAGACAAAACGACAGAAUAGAGAGUACUCAAACUCUGAUCCUUUGUUUGCAACAGCUGUUCCAGAAGCACAGAGAAGCCCAUGGCAGUGCCACCCUGUCCUCCCCUUCAUUCUUUAACAUAAAGGAGAUGGCCCGACGCUUUGCUCUAACCUUUGGCAUGGACAAUGUGAAAUGCAGAGAACUUAUAGUCAUGAUCCACAAACAAGGAAUUGAGUUUGCUUUCAAGGAGUCAGCCUUAGAAGAGAAUCUCCCACCACCAAAUCUUCCAUUCUUGAUUCCAAUAAGUGAAUUUUCUGGCAAACUUCUGAAAGCCGACAAGAAAAUUCUGUAUGGAUACCUGCAGAGGUUUGCUACUGAGCAAAUGCUACUGUAUGAUGGAGCAGAAUGGAACCCACUGGUUAUCUACACCAACUCUCUGUUAGAUAAUGUAGAUGAGGAGAGCUCUUUCACAAGCAGCUACUAUGCUAAAGACGUCAAAACGUCCAGCCCUACCAAGAGGAAACCACUUACUGGAGGAAGAGGAAUGCCGGAAGAAGUGAACACGUAUUAUCCGAUGCAGAGGAGGAAAAGACAGUUAAAUGAUGGCGUAUCUUUGUACGGCAUUCAGCCUUCAGUGAAACGAUUAUCCAUUCAUGGAGAUAACGAUGAUGCAAAUGAAGAUGUUGAAGUAGAUGAGGUUUUAGUUACCCAGGAGAUUAUUCUGCAUACUGAAAGCGAGAGUCAAGAUUCCACCAGAUAGAAAUUCUUGCUGAUCUCAAACACUCAGUCCUUCUGAUAACCUCACCCUCCACAAAAAUAGUCCUGAUCUAAAUACAGAAUGUAUGCCAAUUGCAUUCCUUGUCCAUACGAGCAACAAAGUGACCUUUAGUUCAUUCCAAUGGAAUAAAAAAAAAAAAACUCUUUCAGCUGGGGCAUUUAUGUAUUUACAAAGUAUAGGACUAAGAUAUGGAAGCAGGAGUUGUGCAACUCUACUGUAAGGGAAUCCCCAUGGGGUCUUUUUUUGGGCUGCAUUGCUCUGCUUCCUAGUAUCCAACUAUAACUUGUGGGAACAGUAUUAGAUGUGAGACCCUGCUAUAACUGUAUUGCCUUAUGUUUGGGCGGCACUGCCCUAUUUGCUGUAUCAGUUGCUGGACUUUCCAUUUGUAUCUGGGCAGCACUGUCCUAUUGGCACAGCAUGUGACUUAAGUCAUGCAAGUUGUAUCAUUUGCCAACCACUUUCCAACUGUACUGUACCAUGCUUCGCUGCAUUGCACCAUUUUAUAAGCUGAUGAUGACUAUGUCCUAUUUUUUAGGCUUACAGUGAGAUUCAACAGAUUAUGCGCAGUUUGUGCUGUAAGACUUCAAAUGUACAUUUUCUAUUUUAGUGCAUCUGUGUUUCUUAAAAAAAUAAACUUUUUUAUGUAUUAUG